GAACAACGGCGGCGAGCGAGAGAUUGUGGAUACGGUAGUCCACUGCACUGUACAGUACUUGUACUCGUACCGGUAGGGCAAUCCACCGUGGGUAAUAGCUCCCCUGCGUCACGGAAUUUUUGUGUGUUGUGUCGCUUGUGCAUGCUGUGCGGUGCUAUACUCUAGUCUACAUAUUAGGACUGUCCUUCCCUCUCACCCCUUCUUCGAAAUUAUGCGUUUACCCCGUAACAACUCUGGCAUCGCAGCCUCACUCUUAACGCUACUCUUAUCCUCAGCCAACGGCUAUGAGAAACCCGGUACCGGCGACGACCUCGAGCCGUUGAAGUACACCCCUGGAGACCGGAUCUCCGUGCAGUGCUUGAAUAGGACGAUGUAUGUUUAAGCUUUCCUCCCCCCCAAGUUCUCUACUCCCUCUAUCACGGCAACCACCACCACCACCACCACCACCCCUUUUAAAGCUCACGGCGAGCUGAUCAUAACUACCAGAGAUACCGGCGAGCAUGUACAGGAUGAAAAGACUGGAAUACUGCAGUAUAUCCCGUUCGCAGCAUGCAACGAGACCGGCCGACCGCUGGAGGUUAAAUUUCUGGAGGACGGGGAGGUGAAUUGCACCAUAUCCUUCUUGUCGGAUGAGAUGUUCCACCUCUUUGAAUUCUACGUCCAUCAUGAUUCACCGCUGGCCUGUCGAGUGCCUGCUCGCCCACUGGGCGGUGAACGGGACCUGGAGAAGAAGAGUGAGGAGGAGUACGUUCCUUUAGGUAAAGUCCCUCCGCCCCCCCCCCCUUUGCUCCGAAACGCAAAUACUGACGAAAAGAAAAAAAUAGUCUUCGCCCUUUCCGGCAAGCUUGAAGCCUCGCAUAUGCACCUAGCGGCGAACAUGAACGUCCUCUUUCACCUAACCUCGCCCACCUCCGGUGUCAUAGACUCGGGCACGGCGUACUCCACCUCUCCAAUGUCAUCGGACCUGACGCGGAUCAUAAUCGGCGACCCACUCGCGCUCCGACUGAAGGUGCACUGGUUCCGCACGCUGUCCCCGCUCUCGGCGCGGAGCAAUGGCGAACAUGUCACUGUGCACUUGCUCGGGUACUGCCUGCUUUCGGCGUUCGCGGGUGCGUGCUCUGUUUAUUCCUUCCUGGUAGGAUGGGAGUUUCCGAAGAGGUUGAGGAAGUAUGCUUUUGAUCGCAGGGGUGGAACUGGGGGGAUUAUUGGCAAUUUUGGGAAUGGGGCGGGAGCUGGAGGAGGAGGAGGAGGAGGAGGAGGAGGAGGGAGAGUUGGGUAUGGGUAUGUGCCUGGUGUUGGAGGGAGGGGUGAUGGGGGUGGGUAUGGGUAUUUGGGGAAGAGGAAUGAUUAG